CACGAAGCAUUAUGAGCCCGGUUCUGUCUCAUCUCAGCUCCGCCCGGACCAAACAGAGAUGGAUCCUGUGGACGUUUCUCUCCUGCAUGUUUUCAGGUUGUCUCUCCGUGGUCUCGGUCCACCAGCCCGCGGAGCUCGCCGCCGCUCUGGGCCGGGACGUCGUCCUGCCCUGCUCGCUCCGGCUGUCCGAGGACGAGCACAUGCUGACGCCGCCCGUCCUGUACUGGCUGACCGAGCCCGAGGUCAAGGGUGUCCGGCUGUGGAGCCCCACGGAGGCGUACGUGGGACGGGUGGACCUCCUGAACCACAGCACGGACUCCCUGGACCGGUCCCUGCUGCUCAGGGCCGUCCGCUGGACGGACAGCAACCUGUACAAGUGCAAGGUUUCCAUCAGGACCAGGACGGAGGGCAGCACCAGGAAGACGGGGGACAACACCGCACUCAGGGUUCACGACAGCCUGGUCUUCAACCUGACGCGCCACAACGCCUCCCUGCUGCGCUGCCACGUCAACGUGUCCCCGCGGUCCGGCUUCGUCCUGUCCGUCCUCCACGCGGGACAGACGUGUCCCACGGUGGCGGCGGGCGUGGAGGACGUGGAGGACGUGGAGGACGCGGCGGGUCGCUUCACCACGCUGUCCCAGACCGUGGCCCUGCAGGGUCCCGGGAACUACGAGUGCCAGCUGAGCCUGGGAACGGAGGUCGUGGCCAGGAGCGUCUUCUGCCUGGACGAGACGGAAGAAGCUGGAGAUGCAGAGAAACCCCCGACCCCGUCCAACCAGACGUGUUCCGAUACAGAGGUCACGCUGCACCCGGAGCCCUGGCCGCUCUACAUCUCCCUGCUGCUGGUCUCCUCCAUCUCUCUGCUGAGCGUCGUCACGGUGAUGCUGGUCCGCAGAUGAGCCCCGGCCAGGCCAGGCCGGUUCGGUCCGGUCUGAUCCAGUCUGGUCCGGUGCGGUCCGGUCUGGUCCAGAAACAGAACUGAGAGGGGGGGGGGGGACACCUGCUCAGGAAAUCCACCCAACAGUUACAAAUGUUCCACUAAAGGGGAAAUAUUUCUGAGAAAACACAUCGGUGCAUCUUUCUAUUUCUAACUGAAGGAUAUACAGGACUGUCUCAGAAAAUUUGAAUAUUGUGAUUUUCUGUAAUGCAAUUACAAAAACAAAAAUGUCAUACAUUCUGGAUUCAUUACAAAUUAACUGAAAUAUUGCAAGCCUUUUAUUAUUUUAAU